GAGAGCAGGGAGGCUGGAAGCAGUCAUGGUUAGCCCGGAAUCGGAUUAAAAUCCGACACACUGUCCCCUCCCCGCUCCACACCUGGGAUGAUGGAAAGGACUUGACUUGGGCUAUUCCGGAUGCCUUUUUGCAGGUGUAGGGCGAGUUCGAAUCCUCUGUGGUUCCCUGAGAUUGCUUGCCGACGCCUUGCAGCCCUGGGGACGCAGAAGCCGCUGCUUGGAGUCCUUGCAAAGGCCGUUUCAUUCCAUAGAUGAUAUUUUCUCCUUCCACCCCCCGCCCGCCUUUCCCUCGGUUGGUUCAGUUGCUCAUGACGUGCCUCCCUCGCUGAGCCCUCAGCCCUCCCGCUUUCCAGCUCACUCAUUCCUGCCUCCUGCUGCAGCUGCCUUGCAUUAUUUUUCCCUCCCUACCGCCGCUCUCCCAAGACAGCCUGAUUCAUUUUUCUUGCUGCUGCUGCUGCUCAAAGGAGAAGGAAGACAGACGACGGCGAAAGCAGCGAGGGAAGUGACUGCCUCUCUAUUUUUUUUAAACCUUCCCUCCUCAUCUGAUCUAUUUUCUGUUUGCAUCAUCUGUAUUUUUUAAUUACAAGGAGGCUGGGAGCCUUUGCUUCUCCUCGCCCGAUGAACGUCUCUUUGGACAGUUGGACAUCUUGACUCCGGAUUACUCGGAGGAGCAAGAAAGUGUUUGAACAGUGCCUGAACGGAGAUAAAAUACCCCAGGACAGCAGCUGGAGAGUGGAACUCCACAAAUACAAAGGCAUGGACAAAAGGAAUCCAGAGAUAUCUGCUCAAGCAUAGCCAUUGGCAUGGCUGUAAACGCUUGUCAGAGUUUCGAGACUGAAAGGUUUUCAAGAAUGUAAACUCUUAGGUGGAGUGCUGAGGGGGAGUGACUUGCCUAAGACCACUGAAGAAGAGAGAUCUGAGGAGGCAGCAGACUGGAUUCCUGUUCCCUACUCUUCUGGAAUGGAAGUGUAAUAUGGGCAUGCCACCUUCCUUUUCUAUGAAUUGGUUUUUGCAUGGAUUGUGCCUCAGAGACUCAACUCAUUCCCUUUCCAGUGAAUAAUUAGUAACCAUGACGACAGAGACGGGUCCAGAUUCGGAGGUGAAGAAUGCCCAAGAGGAAACUCCACAGCAGCAGCUGGAGGCGGCAGCAAGUGGGCCAGACACAGUGACCAGUAGCCCUGUGCCCACAGCAAACAACCAGGAAGCUGAGGCUAAUGAGACACCCGGGGCCCACAGUGACUCUAAACAUGCGGAGCGGAACCAGGGACCAUCCCAUGAAACAGGGGUCAUCCCAGAAUCAGCUGCUGUGGACAUGGACGAAAAGGACUACAGUGAAGCAGAUGGGAUAUCUGAAAAAACCACCCCCAGCAAGACCCAGAAAUCCCCUCAGAAAGUCACCAAGAAACUCAAGAGUGCCAUCUGCAGAGUGACACUGCUUGAUGCCUCAGAGUAUGAGUGUGAAGUAGAAAAACAUGCCCGGGGUCAGGUACUCUUCGACAUGGUCUGUGAACAUCUCAACCUCUUGGAGAAGGAUUAUUUUGGACUUACGUUCUGUGACUCAGACAGUCAGAAGAACUGGCUGGAUCCCUCCAAGGAAAUAAAGAAGCAGAUUCGCAGUGGCCCCUGGAACUUUGCCUUCACUGUCAAGUUUUACCCACCAGAUCCUGCCCAGCUCACAGAGGACAUUACAAGAUACUACCUGUGCCUACAGCUCCGAGCAGACAUAAUCACUGGGCGCCUGCCAUGCUCCUUCGUCACACAUGCACUACUCGGCUCCUAUGCUGUACAAGCUGAACUGGGAGACUAUGAUGCUGAGGAGCACACGGGCAACUAUGUCAGUGAGCUACGUUUUGCUCCAAACCAGACCAGGGAGCUGGAAGAGCGCAUAAUGGAACUGCAUAAAACUUACCGGGGCAUGACACCUGGUGAGGCAGAAAUUCACUUCCUGGAGAAUGCCAAGAAGCUCUCUAUGUAUGGAGUUGACCUGCAUCAUGCCAAGGAUUCAGAAGGAAUUGACAUCAUGCUGGGUGUUUGUGCCAAUGGCCUUCUCAUCUAUAGGGACAGACUGAGGAUAAACCGUUUUGCUUGGCCCAAAAUCCUCAAGAUUUCAUACAAGAGGAGUAACUUCUACAUCAAAAUCCGGCCUGGUGAGUAUGAGCAGUUUGAAAGUACCAUUGGCUUUAAACUGCCCAACCACCGCUCAGCCAAGAGACUCUGGAAAGUUUGCAUUGAGCACCACACAUUUUUCAGGCUGGUGUCCCCAGAGCCUCCCCCAAAGGGAUUCCUUGUCAUGGGCUCCAAGUUCCGCUACAGUGGCCGGACACAGGCACAAACACGCCAGGCCAGUGCCCUGAUUGAUCGUCCUGCCCCAUACUUCGAGCGCUCCUCCAGCAAACGGUACACCAUGUCUCGCAGCCUCGAUGGAGAAUUCUCCCGCCCUGCUUCAGUCAGCGAAAAUCACGAUGGAGGAACAGAGUCAGAGAAGAGAGACGAAGACAGCAGGUAUGGCGGAAGGACGCAGUCAGAGGCUGAGGAUGAGGAGGUGACAACUCCAACAAAAAUAAAGGAGUUAAAGCCGGAGCAAGAAACCACCCCAAGGCACAAGCAGGAGUUUUUAGACAAACCGGAAGAUGUUUUGCUAAAGCACCAGGCCAGCAUCAAUGAACUGAAGAGGACACUGAAGGAACCCAACAGCAAACUUGUGCACAGGGACCGGGAUAGAAGACUGCCUUCCUCACCUGCUUCUUCCUCGCCAAAACACGAGGAUGAGACACCCAAGGGAACCCCGGAGAAGGCCAAUGAGAUGUCAGAAGAGGAUUCUCCAGAAGAUCUGUCAUCUGAGCAUGGAGCUGCCUUAAUCAUGGAAUCUUUUACACAGAAAAGCCUUGUUUCUUCUCCUGAGGGUUCAGAGCAUUGGGUAUUUAUAGAAAGAGAAAUUUCUGGGCUGGAAGAGCUAGCACUAAAACAAAUCAUUGAGACCCAGAAGGAAGACAUGCAUGCAGGUUCUUCAGAGAAGCAAGCAAAUUUGGACUUCUCAGAGGUGACCACUGCAAUAGGGGAAUUCAAAGAGCAAAAGGAGGAGAAAGCAAGUGAGGAAAGCAAAACUCAGAUUUGCAAAAAAAGAGCCAAAAUGAUAGCCAGUCCAGAGGAUUUUGAAUCAUUAUGGGAGGAUGAUAUGUAUGAAAGAGAAAAGAGGAAACACUCUUCUGAGACAGACAGUCAGUCAGCUGAGGACAGAGAACGACAAAUAGAUAAUAUGGAGGCAGUAGUGAUAGCUUCCAUUGAUCCUGGAGAGAGAGAAGAACAAAAAGAAAAAAUUGAGGCAGUGGUGGUAGCUUCCAUUGAACCUGAGCAGCCAGCUGGCCCCAUCAAAAGACCAGCAGAAGAUAGUACUGAACCUGGAGAUUUCCAAGCUGAAGAAAGGCAAAGUUGUGCCUUUUCUUGGCUAGAGUCUCAUAAAGAAGAAGGCAAAACUACAAUGCAAGAGCAUAGGACUCUUUUGACAGCCUUGGACAAGGAAAUGUUAAAAACGACCUCAGAGUCUGAGACUGUUAAAACUAAGGUGAAACUGAGUGAUAAGAUGGUGUCUGCUACAGAAAGAAUAAUCUAUUUGGGGUCUGAAGAAACUGAUGAAAACGAUGCUAAAACGAAGAAAACAACUGACAGAGAAAAUGGUUGUUCAGCUGAAGAGAGGCAGGAAGAUCAAAUAGAACCAUUUGAUGAAAAAGAGAAGAGUACUAAGUUGGCUUAUACAAGAGAAACUGAAGGAAAUAAUGAGUUCCAAUCCAGCUCCCCUACACACUGUGAAGGAAAAUCAGAGAGCAAUAAACCAAUAAUGGAACUGUAUCAGCCUGAUAAAGAUACAGAAGAUGGUAAAAAGGUACAUCCUAUAGAGCAGUUUAUUAAUGAGAGAAGGGAACAUUCACCAAAAGGUGAAAGAGAUUCUGUUCAGCCAACUGGUUAUGAAACAGUUGAUUACAGAGAAUCCAGUGCACCCUCUUCCACAGAAGAAUCUAGCCAAAAGACUUUCCAUUUAACAAUGCCGCGGUUUAAACCUAAAUCCCCAAGAGAAGAAGCAGUAGCCCAGCUCUCUUGCGAGCAAGAGCAGAGAGCAGAAGAACUAAAUAGUACCUUUCAAGAAGAAGGUGGGGGAGAAUCUGACGAGAAGGAGACUGACAUUGCCACAGAAAGAGUGGACAUGACUUUAAGAACUUCAGAAACCCAAAGAAAAACAACUAAGCUAGCAGUCAUGGACACUUCUCAAAUAUUUCUGCAAAUGGAAGCCAUAGAGAUUACAAAAUGUACCCUGAUUUCCUCAGCACAGCAUCUUUCUGAUUCUACAGAAGUUUCAGAGGGGAAGCAACAUAAACAACAGCUCUCAAAGGCUGGAAAAUCUGACCUGCAUAAAACCCCAGAUUUAAGCCAGCUCUCUGAGAGCAACUCUUCUGAAAUGCAAGAACCAGCCCAGAAUAAACACACGGAAGUAUCCUCCAAGGAUAAACACCCUGAAUCUGAAUGGAUGGUUAAAGACAAAAUCUCGGAAGGUGUAGCCAAGGAUAAAACCGAUGUAGUGAAAGAAGUGGAAGAUUCAACCAAUGCCAAUCAUCUUGAAAUGGAACAAAUGGCCAAAGAUAAAGCCUCUCUGUCAGAAGAGUCAACUACAGAGAAACCAUCAACAUUAGAUAAUCUCUCCGAAUCGAAAAAGACAGUGAAGGAUAGAUCCUCUAAAGCUGCAGAGCCAGAGACAGGGGAGCCCUAUGAAUUGAAUAGGCUGGCUAAAGAAGAAUUGGAUAACCACCCCAAAGUAGAAGGAGCAAUUAUAGAUAAAAUUGCAGCAUUGGAAGGCUCUGCUAGGGAUAAACAUUGUGAAAUGGAGAAGCUGGCCAAAGAUAAUCUCCAAAAUGCAGCAUGUCCAACCCUAGACUCCGAAGAGGUGGUUCUGGACAAGUCCUUUAACUUGCAGCCAUCAGAGGAUGAACGUUUCUCCCAGGCUGGCUCUUCUGAUUCUAAAGCUCCAGAACUGGGAUGGACACUCCAGGAUAAAUCUCCUUUGAAAGAAGGAGCUGAGACAACAAAUACAAUCGCUCAGAAGUAUGGGUCACCAGAAGGGAACCAAGAAUGUUCACAGCCUGAUAGUGCUGCAGUACAAGACAAGAGACAGCUACAACCUGCAUGUGAGAAACAGAAACCAAAUCUAGAGCCAUUGCACCUCACUGCCUGUGGUACAGACACUACUCCAUCUCAAAAGCCUAAGAAUAUAGCCUCAACUGUAAUGAGCCAUGGGGGCUCAUUAGCACAUGGAAGUGAGGCAAAUAAAGAUGUUUCUGUAGCUUCUAAAAUCCGGAUGUUUGAACAAGGUGAAGUUUGCAGCCCAUCUUUUGAUGAGCAGCACAUAGCCCAUAAGGGAUUCCGUGAAAGUAAGACACCGCCAAAGAUGCAGAUACAACUACAAAAAGGUAUAUUUUCAGAGAACUGUGGAAACAGUAAGGUGGCCUCGGACACUCCUGAUGACAAAGAGAAGGAUCUUUUAGACUCAUCUGGUGUGAUUUACCUAGCUGUUGCACAAGGCACAAGCGAGGGAGAACCUUCUCAGCCUUCGUCUUGGAAGGAAGAUAUUUCCCUUGGAUCAGAGCAAGGAGAAGCAGACGGAGAUGCUGAACUUGCUUCUCCUGAUUCUGGCUGUGAAAUCACUCUGGCAGAAGCUGUGAGCAAAUUUCAAGAACCAGCUUGGGAAGAAAAGGAUUUGUCAGGCCCAUCAGUAAAAGUCACCCUGAAAGAAGAGAGUGUAAAGGCAGCUGCUCCAGUGGCCCCUCAGAGAGCGGGAUUGAGGGAGGGCACAGAGGAGAAAUCUAAGCCACCUCGGCACAGGGCCCCUGAAAGUGACACUGGGGACGAGGAUCAAGACCAGGAGAGAGACUCAGUCUUCCUAAAGGACAACCACUUGGCCAUCGAGCGCAAGUGCUCAAGUAUCACGGUCAGCUCAACUUCCAGCCUUGAGGCCGAGGUGGACUUCACUGUCAUUGGUGACUACCACAGUGCAGCCUUCGAAGACUUCUCCCGGAGUUUGCCUGAGCUGGACAAGGAAAAGAGUGAUGGAGAAGCAGAGGGUCAGGAAUCUGACAAACCAGCUCCUAGACAGGAAGAUGAUGAUGAUGAUGAUGCCAAGGGUGGGGAUAAGGCUCCCCAAGUAAUCCCAGAAGAGUCCUCAGCUGUGAAAACGGAAACUGUGAAAAAAACAGAAGCAGAAGGGUCAGUGCAGCACAUAAUCACUGCAAAAGAAAUUACGCAGGUUGAUGGUACCACCACAGGUGGAAAAGAGACAAUAACCACUUCCCACAUUGUCAGCACAGAAACCAUAUCAACAACCUCAGAUCACAGCACCAAGCCUGGGAAGGGAACCACAGAACUUCGCUCCAUCUCUCCAGAAAACACUGAAGAAACAACAAAAAACCAACAACAAAUCAUCUGCAUUGUACAGAUUGCCAGCAGUGGUGUUGGGAAAGAAGCCUUCACCAGCCUUUUUGGCGCCACUGCAGAAACCCUCUCCACCUCCACAACUACCCAUGUUACUAAGACUGUGAAAGGAGGAUUUUCUGAAACCAGAAUAGAAAAGCGAAUCAUCAUAACAGGAGAUGAAGAUGUGGACCAAGACCAGGCUUUAGCUUUGGCAAUCAAGGAAGCAAAACUGCAGCACCCUGACAUGCUGGUAACCAAAGCUGUAGUAUAUAGAGAAACAGACUCAUCUCCAGAGGAAAGGGACAAGAAGCCUCAGGAAUCUUGACCUCUGUGUUUCUAAAGUUGGCAUCUCUAUUUUAACUUUGGAGUAAAGAAGGGGCCUUUAUGCUGGAUUCCUCAAUGAGACAUAGAACGUCCUGGCUGCAAGAAUAAAGCUGAGAGACAAAAUAAAAUAAAAUAAAAAUAAAAAAGGAAUAGCAAAUAUAUUAUAUAUUAUAUAUACAGGAAACAAAAUGCAUCCUUGCACUGCUGCUAUAUGCUGGAGAUGAAUUACAAACAGCAACAUCAGCAACAAACAAAACCGACCACCUCUUCAAAUGGAUGGAAGAAUUGACAGGACUGACCUAAAAGGGGAGGGGGGGACCCAAGAUGGUAAUAAUAAUAUUAACAAUACAAUAAACCACCGUUCUGCAUGUUACAUUUAAAGGACACAUAACUCAUUUGUUGCAUACUGAAUGGAAAAGCAAAAAUGCUUUGCAACAAAGCAAGAAAUCAAUGAGCAAAAACAAGCAGAAACACAAAAUGAUUCCCUGCAUAGGAAAGAAUCAAAAACCAUUCACUUGUACAACUCUUGCGUAAUUAUUUUCUGAUUUGGGAUGUAUGGUGAUCACCUUUCCUUUCCACUCCAUGCCACUUCUGUUGCUUCAUCUUUUGGGUUCUGUUGUUUUCCCAGCCUGUCCCUCCAUUUUUAACCCUCCCUUUGUCCUGUCCCUUGUUCUGCUGACAAUAAUUAUGACUGGAUUUCACUUAAAGCAAAGGAAAAUGAUCUGUAUAUGAUUUCUCAUUGAUCAAAAUGCAGCCUGUAGAGGUUUCAUAUGGAUGUGCUUUUAAGUUAUGUAUAUUAUAUAUAACUGGGGAGGGUGGGAAACAUGAUUAAAACAAAUUAAACAGUGCUGAUAAGUAUGACAAUGACAUUUUUACAUUAUAAUUAUUUGAUUGACCGUGGUUGACGUAUUAUGACAUUCUUAGAUCAUGCUGAUAUCCCAUGGAAACAGACUGAGAAAAGAAAAUCACGAAUUCUCUCUCUGGGGGCAGUAUUUGUCUGUCACUCACCUGAUUUGUGCUCUUGCAAAAGGGACUGACAUAGUGACAUAAUGGUGUUUGUAAUUGGUUGGUUGGUGAUAAGGCAGCAUUCAACAACAUGAGAAGGAUGUCAAGGAAGACAGAAUGGAUUGGUGUUACUGCAGCCCAGUUAGUCACUAAAACAUGUCAACCAACAAUGUCUCCCUUGUCCUUCAGCCCCAGGAAACUGAGGUCGCCUUGGGCUCAUGAGGUCAGGUUGCUUCAUUCACAACCUUCCAGUAUCUAGAAGUCUUUGAUCUCUCAGACAUAACAUUACCUGUAUGUCUUUUGUGCCCCCUGUGUCAGUUCUUCAAAACUACAAAGUCUGGUUCCAAACCUAAUGAUCCCUCAAGCCUACUGGCUGGAAUAGUGCAUUUUUAAUCCCAUUUCUGAAGUGAAGUUCUGACUAGCUUCGCAGCUCUCCAAAGGAAACGUCCCAAGUUGAACAAGGUGGUAUCCCUGGUCCACUCCCCAGCAUGCUCUAUGACUGCAUUUUGCCAGGAUGACGACAUUAGAUUCUGCAGCAAGUAUCCAGUGGAUAGGGAGCCAGUAUAAAGCAGCAUUGCUUCUUUACGAGUACAAUCAAACAAUAUGCUUGCUAGGCUAGUACCAAGGUUUAUUAAUGAAGAAAAGUUAAUGCUCUGUCUCUUGACAUCCAACUGGAGAGCAAGUCGUGAAGCUUGUAAGGGCAAACCGGUGAACGCCAUGAAGGCUGACACUGCUCAAGGGUGAGGCAGGCAUCAGGUCUAACUGCUCUGCUACUGAUGGAAUGUGACACUUCCAAGUUUUCUGUGACUUCUGCCCACGCCUUCAUUCACUAUAUGAGAACGGGCAUUAGAGCAGAUUCAGGACAUAAGGGGGACAAACCAAAAUGAACUAGUUUCCAAAUGGAACUAUCAGUUGCUCCAGAUGUUAGAGAGAGGCCUAUAAACACUACACUAUUCUUGCCUUUCAUCUCCCUUCCUUGAAACACAUUUGAUUCUUAAGAGAAGAAGGACAUCUAACUACUGUCUGUGAUUGGGAUCUAGAGAUCUUACACAGAAAGAGCCUAGCUGAAUACAAUCAUUGGGAUAGAGGGAUGCAUUCCAUAUGGUAAACGAUUUGUCCCUGUAGUAAGCCCUGGUUCAUUGCUCUUCCCAGUUGUUUGCUAUUAUGGCUCCAUCAAACUGGAUCUGCUUCUGGCAUGCAGGCAUGUCCCAGGUAAACACUAGGAAUAUAAACACAGGCUUUAUGCUGAAGUCCUUGGGAGUCAUUUCUAGUUCUAAUAUAUCAAAUAUAUGCUUCUCUCCCUGAAUUUUAUCUGUGUUCUUCCCCCUCCCCCCGCACUUCUGUUGCUUUUAGAAACUAUGUAAUACCCCAGAACCAAAAAGUGGAGAAAUAAUAUACAUUUACACAAAAUAUGCAGAACUCUGAAUAACUCUAAAAACAAAACAAAAAAUUGCAUUAUUGAUUACAAAAUAGCCAACAUACAGGGGAAUCUUGGUGGCAUUACAUUUUAUGAGGCAUUACAUCAUCCCACAUUGCAGGGGUGGGAUGGAAUUCCCCUCCCAAACUUGACAUUUUUUAUUUUGAAUUUGAAAACACAACAAAUCAGCUGAAAAGUCUCUGUUGAAUAAACAGCCAGAUGGAAAGUAUGAUCCCACCUACACCUGCAUACAUCAGGAUAGGUGAAUCUGCCAGUAAAAUCUGUGGAGAUGCAGUUCCUCAAAAGCAACAUGCACAAGAUCAGAAUCCAACCUUGGGCAAUCAGAGGAAAGUUAAAAUAGACUAAUUUCCUUGGAUUCCUUCCACAGCUUCUUGAUGGUUAGCCAUUAACAAAAACUAGUUUUUUGUUCACCUAGCAAGAUGUGGCUUAUAUAUAGAUAUCUAUAUAUAUAUAUAUAAAUAUAUAUAAUAUUUAUUACUUGUGGUAGUGUUGAAGCCAUGCAUAAUUUUUUACGGUCAUGGCUUCCUCUCACCUUGGUCAUCACUACUGCUGCCAUCUGAUACAGCUGGUCACUUUGUUCUUUCUUUUGUUGGCGCUUUUCCAUUGAAGGGGGUGGGAGAUGCAACUGCUUGCUUGCACCAAAUCCCACAAGUUGAUUCCAAAACUGGCCUGCAAUUGCAUGAAUUAAUAAUAUUAAUACCCUUUUUUAAAAUUUGAGAAGCACAUUACCAACCAACUGCAAUGCUCUGUCAUUCCUUCACUAAUCCCCCUGCCCCGCCCACCCCACCCUGUUCCUAUUUUUGUCCCCCACCCCUUUCAAUCAUGUCCUCUUUCAGUGCUUGGUGGUGUAUGCGUGUGUGCUCACUGUUCUUGUAUUCAAUAAAAGUGAAAUAAAUGUGUUUGAUGCUCAA